GAAUACACCCCCAUAUCUUCCCCCAAAAUCAUUUGCCCUACGCCAUUCCCCCAAAAGCAAUUGAACGCCAUUCCCUCAAGCUGCCGGAUUUCGCCCCCUGCCGGAGUCGAUCUGCUGCUGGAGUCGUUUCCCAAGCUGCCGGAUUUCACCAUCGAUCUUCCCCGUUCGCCCCACCGUCCGCCGGAGUCCCCUGCUUCUGUCUGCCGCCGCCUCGCUCCCGCCGGAUCUCCUCUUUCUCUCUCUCUCUCUCAAAUUUGAAAGUUUAUGUCAAAUUGGAGUCGUCGUUCACCUGCCGGAGUCGCCACAUUCUGAUUUCUCCUUUGCUCACUUGCUUCUCCUUUCCUUCAACAGGAACAGCUGAGCUUCUACUCACUUCAGAGAUUUGGAGCAGCUCACUUUAGGGACUAAAAGAUGAGCACCCAGCCACUUAGUAGCACCUCUACUUCUAGUGAUGAGGUCCAGCAGCAGCCUGCAUCGUCACAUCUCUCGGUCAGGCGAGAAUAUCACUGUUCUUUCUAAUGGGAAGAUUUUAUGCACUUUAACUAAUGGGAUUUUACGACCAAGCAAUAAAAUCCGGCGUCACACAUCACGUACUUUUCAAGCAUACAUAGAGAUCACUGGCACCUCAUGGAAGGCGCUUACUGAAGACACGAUUGAAGUUUACUUCAAUCGGUUUAUUAAUGCAUUUGAGUGGGACCCUUCUAUGUAUUCAAGAGAAUUUAUCCGCACUGCAUGGAUCAAGAUAGCUAGAGUUGCUUACAAGGACUUUUUGAGCGUGACAAAGAAGCUCGUCUUAAUUGAAAAGAAGACGCCACUAUAUCUGAAGGAAAAUGUUGAAACGGCUUGGAAAGCCAAUUGGGAUCUACCUGAAGUGAAGCGCAAAUCCGAGCAGGCGAGCAAGAACCGGCGCUCUAAACCUGGUGGACCCGGUAUAGGAAUUGCCAUACAUCACGGCAGCUCACGUAGUGCCAUUGACCACGCCGAGCAUAUGGCUCGGGAAAAGAAUAUCCCAGUUGACUGUACUGCGUAUGAUACAUUUCUACGCAUACACCGGAAGGGAGGAUUAUACACUGGCCCACGUUUCGAGGCACACGCGGUGGAGAUUGAGAGUCGCAUUCAAGAUAUUCAAGCCACUAAGGGUAGGGUUCCGACACCAGAAGAGGUACACUGCAUCUUUAAGGAGGUGGUGAAGAGGGACGCGAAAGGCCGUGUGCUCGGGAUAAGAAUGAUGACACAGAUGGUGUCUAGUGGAUCUAGUACUCAGUCCACUAGCACGUCUCAGACUGCCCCUGCUGCUUCUCUUGAGGAGGUCGAGGCGCUAAGAGCUGAAGUGAAUGCUCAGGUUGCUAGAGGGAACAACCUCGAGGCACGUAUGCAAGAGCAAGAUGACACAAUUAAUGAUCUCAAGAGUAUGUUGGCGGAGUUGAUGGCAAAUAUCAAGAGGGGUCAUAAUCCUUGAUACUUUUUGUGAAGUUUGAAUUUAUGUUGUGUUAGAGUUUGGAUUUAUGUAGUAACUAUGGAGUUGGAUUUAUGAUACUUGAUAUUUAGCUUAACUUAGGUAUGUUGAAUUUGGAUUUCAAACAUACUAAACAUUCAAAUUCAAACAUACUUACUAAACAUCCAAAUUCAACAUACCUAAAUUAAGCUAAAUAUCAAGUAUCAUAAAUUCAACUCCAUAGUUACUAUAUAAAUCCAAACUCAACACAACAUAAAUUCAAACUUCAAUAAAAGUAUCAAGGAUUAUGACCCCUCUUGAUAUUUGCCAUCAACUCCGCCAACAUACUCUUGAGAUCAUUAAUUGUGCCAUCUUGCUCCUGCAUACGUGCCUCGAGGUUGUUCCCUCUGGCAACCUGAGCAUUCACUUCAGCUCUUAGCGCCUCGACCUCCUCAAGAGAAGCAGCAGGGGCAGUCUGAGACGUGCUAGUGGACUGAGUACUAGAUCCACUAGACACCAUCUGUGUCAUCAUUCCCAUUCCGAGCACACGGCCUUUCGCGUCCCUCUUCACCAACUCCUUAAAGAUGCCGUGUACCUCUUCUGGAGUCGGAACCCUACCCUCAGUGGCUUGAAUAUCUUGAAUGCGACUCUCAAUCUCCACCAACAAUACAAAUUUCAUACACAACAGUAAGUAAAAUAAGAUACAUAAUUCAAUACUAUAGUUGAAUCGAAUUAAAACUAAUUCAAUACAAAUUUCAUACAAAAAAUGACAUUGGGAACUAAAGUAAGAUACAUAAUAAUCUAGGCUUCAUCAGUAGUUUCAUUCACAACAGUAAGUAAGAAGUUAACUAUACGUCAUAUCAAAAUAGCAUCAAAAUCUACUGCCCUAAAUAAAUCAAAUACAAUCCCAAAAUGAAACAAAACAAGGAAAUUAAAUUGAAACAUGACACAUAGCCAAAUGAAGAAAGAGAAAUCAAGCUCCCCAGCCAAUUACUAGGAGUUGUGUACAUUCCUACAAUCAUAGAAAUCAAUUUUGCACAUGGGUAAUGAUUAAUUAAUAUGUUGAUUCAAGUCUUAACUACUCAUCAUUAUAAAUCUACCAAAAAUAUAAAAUCAGCUUUUUAACUAAAUAUUCAAGUAAAAAUGGAAUAAUGAAACUUUAACACAACUUAAAGAAAUCAUACACAUUAGUAAUAAACUUCCGCGUGUGCCUCGGAACGUGGGCUAGUGUAUAAUCCUCCCUUCCGGUGUAUGCGUAGAAAUGUAUUAUACGCAGCACAAUCAACUGUGAUAUUCUUUUCCCGAGCCUAUAAUAAAAACACAAGAUGUUAACAAUAUAUAUACAUAAUAUAUAUAUAUAUAUAUAUAUAUAUAUAUAUAUAAUUAAUUAAUUAAAUUUAUUACAAUGAAAUAAAUUAUUUAACUCACCAGAUGCGUGGUCGUGGUCAAUGGCACUACGUGAGCUGCCAUGAUGUAUGGCGAUUCCUAUACCGGGUCCACCAGGUUUAGAGCGUCGGUUCUUGCUCGCGUGCUCGGAUAUGCGCUUCACUUCAGGUAGAUCCCAAUUGGCUUUCCAAGCCGUUUGAACAUUUUCCUUCAGAUAUAGUGGCGGCUUCUUUUCAAUUAAGACGAGCUUUUUUGUCGCGCUCAAAAAGUCCUUGUAAGCAACUCUAGCUAUCUUGAUCCAUGCAGUGCGGAUAACUUCUCUUGAAUACAUAGAAGGGUCCCACUCAAAUGCAUUCUGUAUAUUUUAGAUGAUGUCAAUUUCUUAUAUAACA